AUGUCGUCGAAACCGCCUCAUGCAUCCUUAUUCCAGGUUUACCUACGGCUCAGGCCUCCGAUGAACCCUCGAAACGACGAGAGUGAACGCUUCUUGACCGUCGAAACUCCACAGGCUUCACAGGAGGAGGAAGAGACACCCGUGCCUGCUCCAACUCAUAUCACGCUUCAACCGCCCAAUGACACGCGGAAACGUGCAAUUGAGAAAUUUGGCUUUACCAAAGUCUUUGAGGAACAUGCCAGCCAGUUGGAUGUCUUUCAAGAUACGGGAAUGGAAUCGAUCGUCCGGGGAGUGCUGCGUGAAGGUCGCGAUGGCCUGGUCGCUACUUUGGGGGUUACUGGUAGUGGAAAAAGUCACACAAUUCUCGGUUCAAAGUCCGAGCGCGGGAUGACACAGAUGGCCCUCGACGUCAUUUUUCAAUCCAUAGAGACCGCAAGAAAGAGCGACAACUUUGAAAUAAGUCCCAUGAUACUUGCCUCGCUGACUGCAUCCGACCACUCUGAAUCUCAACUUUUUUCGGCCCAAUCCUUUCUGGACGCUGUUUAUGGCGAUCACAACCCAGGUCGUAGCUCAAGAGCUCCAACACCAAUGAGUCCAUCUCGUGCAAACACGCCAUCAACGGAGCCUACACCUGCACUGAUAUUCCCACGCCGCCAGCCGCGUGAGCGUGCACUCACAAGCCCACGACUCCCCAUUGUCAGCCAUCUCGCCAUGGACUUGAGCUCCAACGCAGAAUAUGUCGUGCUGGUGUCCAUGUAUGAAGUCUACAACGACCGUAUCUUUGACCUGCUGUCCCCGUCGUUUGUGAGCAGUCAAGGCAAUGCCAUGUCUCGAGGAAACGCUCAGAAGGACCGACGUCGCCCAUUACUCUUCAAACCAACUGAGGGAUCACCGGACAGAAAACUGGUCGCGGGUCUCCGCAAGAUUGCCUGCAGUAGCUAUGAAGAUGCCUUGGCCAUUCUCGAUGUUGGAUUAACCGAGCGCAAGGUCACGGGCACUGGAGCGAACAGCGUCAGCUCAAGAAGCCAUGGCUUCUUCUGCCUAGAGGUCAAGAAGAUGGCCUCCAAACGCAACGGAGAGAUGACUUGGUCAGGAAAUACUCUAACCGUGGUCGAUCUAGCAGGCUCCGAGCGAGCCAGAACCGCAAAGACGGCCGGGGCAACACUUGCUGAGGCUGGUAAAAUCAACGAGAGUUUGAUGUAUUUGGGGCAGUGUCUGCAGAUGCAGAGCAACCUUCAGGAUGGCGUGAAGACGGCCCUUGUUCCUUAUCGGCAAUGCAAACUCACAGAGCUUUUGUUUUCCAACUCGUUCCCCUCAUCAAAUCAAAUGUCUCGGGGGCAAUAUCCGCAAAAGGCGAUUAUGAUAGUCACUGCUGAUCCUCUGGGUGAUUACAACGCUACUUCUCAGAUCUUACGCUAUUCCGCCCUCGCCAGGGAGGUCACUGUGCCACGCGUUCCGUCGCUGGCGGGAUCAAUCGCGUCAGUGCCUUCUGAACGAGGACGAUCGAUCAGUGGCCGUAUUUCACCAAGUGAUGGGUUAACAGAGGAACUUGAACGUGCCUUCGCGGAGAUUGCCAGGCUCACCAAAGACUGUCACAACUUUGCGAUUCGGUUAGCGGAAGAAGAAAUUGCCCGCUCGGAGGCUGAGCACAGGUUACAAGCCGCCGAGGAUCGAUGCGUGAUGAUUGAACAGGAAGUGCGCGAGGAGUGUUGGGCCGAUAUGGAGGAGCAGGUGGAAGCAGAGAGAAGACGUUGGCAAGCAGCAUGGGAUGAACAAAUUGGUCGACACGAUGACCUUGUCGACAAGAAAAUUGAGCUCGUUUCACGCGGGUUCGAUAUCUACGAAGACCCUCAGUCCACGACCCAUGAGAGAAUCGAAGAACUCGAGAGCGAGAAUGUGCAGCUUCGUCGCCGCUUGGCGACUCUUGAGCGCGAGAUGUCCUCGCAGUCUCCCACUCGCAAGCCACGCACAAAGCAACUCCCGGCAUCCCCGAAAGGGCUGAGCAAUGGGUUAGGACGCGCUAGUGAGAUUGAAAACGCCAUGCAGCGUGUCAACCAGCUCAACAUCACAGACGCCAUGUUCUCUCAGCCCUCUCCAAUGCCCAAGUUGGCCUCGCCGGGAAAAAAGCUCAGAAAGGUUUCCACGCGCAAGUGGGAUCUCGCCCCGGAAAAUGAGCUUUAG